UAUGGUGAAUGCAUGGUCGGAGCAGUGAGACUGUUGGUGGAGAUGUUCCGCAGAGUGCUGGGAAAGACCCUGGGGUUUGUGGGCUACACAGUCCAGUAUGGCUGCAUUGCACAUUGUGCCUUUGAAUACAUUGGAGAAUUUGUGGUGUGUUCUGGUCCAUCCAUGGAGCCCACUAUUGUCAACCAUGAUAUUGUCUUCUCGGAAAGGAUGAGUCGUCAGCUUUGCAAAAUACAAAAGGGUGAUAUCGUUAUCGCGAAGAGUCCGUCUGACCCAAAUAUGAACAUUUGUAAACGGGUAAUUGGACUGGAGGGUGACAAAGUCUGCACAAGUUCCCCAUCAGACCUGUUCAAAUCCCACACAUAUGUUCCAAAAGGUCAUGUAUGGCUAGAAGGAGAUAACCUUAGGAAUUCCACUGACUCAAGGAACUAUGGCCCAAUUCCCUAUGCCCUCAUCCGAGGGCGUGUUUGCUUAAAGCUCUGGCCGCUGCAUAGUUUUGGGACCCUCAGUGAAAGCCCAACCAGACGGAUCAUUAAAACUCAGAGUGACUCAGAUUGAGUUAUUCUCUUAGUUUGUACUGUGUGGUACUUUUU